AUUCAUACCCGGAUGUUAUACUCAAUUUCUGUGGACUGCAUAUCACUCUUAUUAGACAAUCACUAUUUGUUGAAUUCUUUCUAUUUAUUUAUCCGGAAUGACCACACCAGCAAGGCGGCGCUUAAUGAGAGAUUUUAAAAGGUACAAUUUUCUACUGGAAUAAAUAUUGGAUAUGUUCACUUAAAGAACAAAUGUAGCUACGAAAUCUGUAAUUCCGUUUUUGUUUUGCAAUAAACUAGGUUGAAAAAACAAAGAUGGCUUCUUCAGUUCAUGAUUUUUUGCAUAUAAUUCAUCAUUUUAUGGUUAAGAAAUUUAAGAAUAAGUAGUCCUAGGCCUAAAUAAAAUUGAUUUCCUACGUCUUUCUUAACAUCUAUAAAUUCAAAAUACUUUCAGUAAUCGAUCAUACACCUAUUACAUUAAACACUUUUUCUACUGAGUCAAGUUAAGAUUAACACUUUAAGACUCAAUACUCAAACUCAAUGAAGUCAAUGACUUGCAAGUUUAAAAAAAUUAUGAGUGGGCUAAGCUAACUUUUUUUUUUGUAUUUGAAAAACUGCAUAAAAUAGGCCUACUUUUAUUUGUAAAAUGUCUAGGUUCCUGGUCAGCAAGCUCAAACAAGUCAUAGCCAUAGCAUAUGGCUUUAGGCUUAGGCUUUAUAAAUAUGCAUAUCAUUGAUCAUAGGGCCUGGCCUAGUUUGUAGCAUAGAGUAAUUUUAAUACAAAUUAGGUGAUAGAGUAUUAAUUAGUAUUACAGAUAUUAUAUGUCUUUUCUUUAAAAUGUGGCAUUUGGAAGGCUGAAUAAGCAGCUAUUAAUCCAUGAUAGUUUUAAAUAUUUUAUGAUAUGGUAUUGUUAGUCAUUAGUGUUACUAAUUGUUAGUUAGCAUAGGCUAAUUAAAACAAUUCAACAAAAACAGAUAGCUAAAAAUCUCAUUUAAUUCUUUCCUCGGCAACUGGGUGUAAUACACCUUGAGGCAGACUGUUAUUGUUGAUAUCUCGAGUCUCCUUUCUAUAAUCUCUCUCAUCAUACUCGACAUAAUCCACAAGGUAGUUGGAAUAAACACCUUGAUGGAUGCAAUCGUAUGAAGCAUGGGAAGGUGACUGAUUUUUUGGGGCCUUUUAUUUUUUAUACAGUUCCUGGCAACAUGGUGUAACACACAUCCUUGCAUAAUUUAUUAGAAAAGAAAAAUUCUAAACUGGCUUUUGAACAUUCUGUUUGGUUGUUUGUUGAUUAUUUGAGUUUGUAUGAUCCAUAUUAUGGUCCAUAAAAUAUAUUUUAAAUUUUAACAAUACAUAAAUAAACUACUUUGAGUCCAUUAGGGUACAAACAAUAAAAAAAUGUAUUUAACUUGACAAAAACAUUUCAAAUCAGAACAGUCGCAUUUACACAUGAAAAACAGUGACAGUUUUUACAUAAAAGAACAGAAUGUUCUUUACAAAUCUGGCAACUACACAAGUUGCAUUGAGAUUUUGUUUUCCUGUCUUUUUUUGCUGGGCACAGCAUGCACCUCUUCCGCUUUGGAGCUUAAGUAGGAGCAACAUCAGUCCAAUCAGUUGUUCAUCUAUUGUGAUGUACUCUCCAGGAACAUAAUACCUUGCCAAAUUACUUAGAAUGAUUCCCAAUUAUCUCUUGUAGGAGCAUAGAUGUCAUGGGCCCGACAUAUUAACCUAAUAUCCUUGUCGUCAAAGUGAAUAUAGUUCACAAGGUUGAAUCUCUUCAUUGACAACACUGCCCUCAAAAGAGGAUUUCAUCAACAGGACUGAAUACAAAUUCCACUGAAAUGCUGAUCUGGUGAAGAGCGCCAGUGUGGAGUAGGCAGCCAAUAAAAGUUUUCAUUUCAAUCACAUCAGUCCUUUGCCAUUUAUCUCCUUUUACUUUCUCACAUUCCCUGUUGGUGUAGUCAACUAUUGUUUUUAUCAUAUUUUCAUUAAUGUACAGAAGAAAUGCUUCAGUUUGAGAAACUAUGUGAUCAUUGAAGGGAGUUUGGUUCCUAGGCAUUUUGAGUAUGUUCUUCUGGGAGUUCUUGCCUCAGGGAGUGGUCUACAAUACCAUAUUGUUAUGUUGUCUUUUCCAAUAUUUUCUCUUUAUCCAUUUUGCACAGUAUCAUCAUCUGUUUCAUUGCUCUCUUUGUCAUUACUACCUUCAAAGGUUUGCACAUUGUCAAUAGUUGCAGUAUUGCUGGCUUGACCUCAUCAUCAGAGCUACUUGAAUCAGUACUAAUGUCUUCUGGUUGUGAUGGCUGCAUUCCUAGUCUCCUUCGUAAGAUAUGUCAGGUUCAUAUUGAUCACUUGUUUGCCCAUCAUCAACUGGAACACCAAGAGUAGCGAAGAUGUUUCUCUCCAUUUCGCACCUGGUAAAAUGUGUGCAUGAUUAGCUGUUGUUCAGUGUCAAGAAUAUGACAAGUCUGUUUCAAAUAGGAAUUUUACAUCUAGUCUUCUAGAUCUAUAUCUAAUAGUUGAAAUAAUAUUAUGGUUAUAUUAUAUGUGCUAUUCAGUGUAAACUGAAAGAGUAUAAGAAAGUUGUCUUCUUUGAAAGCACUCAAAUUUACAGUAUAUUUCUUUGGCUGGUAAAGCUGGUACAAAAAAAUAAUUCCAAAUUGUAAACAAGAAAAUAGCAAAAAGAGAGCUAUUUACUAUUAUAUAAGACUAUGCCUGUAACCCAUCUAGUUGCCAAGAAUUGUCAUAAACACUUUUCCCAUUACAAUAAGUGUACGGUUUUGCUACACCCCGUCAUCAGGGAUGGUAUAAAAUUUGUUGCCGGGGAAAGGGUUAAGAAGAAUAAGUAACCGGUAUUAAAAAAAAUAUCUUCACAGAAAAUAACUCAUCUUGACAUUUGCUAACUCUGAAAAAUAUGUAUAUUCAAUAUGACAUUGAUCAAAGAUACAAUUUGUCUAUUUCUCAAAGUAAAUUAAUAUAUACUAUAGAGCUUCUGAUCAUCAGGUAUGAUUAAAUUUAAAAAAAAAUAUGUGUAUAGUACAGUAUAUACCCUAUUUAAUAAUCAUAUUUGUAAAAAGCUAUGAUGGUCUUAUGAACUGUAAUAUUAUUUUCAAAAAUGAAUUGUUUUUAAGAGACAAUAUAACAAUGUUUAAAAUACAUAUUAUGACAUUAACAGAGUUUUAACACACAGAAAUGUACAGUGGGUCAUAGAAUCUAAAGAUAAAUAAAUAUGUCAUUAGAGAAUGGACUUGUAUUUUAUAAUUAAAUAAUUAUAAAUCUAUUUAUAAAGUGUAGACCUGGUUGGUUUAAUUAUAAAUUGUUGGAAUUAGGCAAAGUGUAUCUUUGUCUGAGUGGGCCUCAUCACUAUGACAUUUGUUUUUAAUGUCAGUGAAAUUCAUUGGGCUGUAAGAAAUUACGGUUGCCUUUGUUUGAUCAUUGAAAACUGGGAAGACUAAAAUUAUAAGAUAUUAUUUUGCAGAUUGCAAGAGGAUCCGCCAGCAGGAGUAAGUGGUGCUCCAUCUGACAAUAAUAUUAUGCUAUGGAAUGCAGUUAUAUUUGGGUAAGAAGUUAGAUCUACCUUUUAACAAAGUUGUCAUCUUCAAUUUUAUGAUAAGGAAAAAACAACUCUUUAUAUGUUGGGUUAAGAAUUCCUCAAGUGCAUUCCGUUUUCAAAAUUACAAGUUCAUACUUUUAAAUUGUGGAAAUCCUGAAAUAAUGAAAGUAGAGGAUUUUCAAAUUAACUCAAUGAUGUAUAUUUUAAGCUAAAAAUUGUAAAUAACUUGAUGAAGUCUAAAUUUAUAUAAAAAGUCAAUGAUGUUAAAUGCUCUGUUAGUGAAGUGCAAAUGUUCCUGUGAUAUUCUAGCUAUUGUCCAUUUCAAAGUAUAUUUCAGUAAUGUUUAUCUUAAAUUUAUCAUUUUAUUUUUUUUAUAGCUAUAUUUUUAUUGUAUUUAAUAGCCCUCAUGACACUCCAUUUGAAGAUGGCACUUUCAAAUUAACAAUUGAGUUCACAGAAGAGUAUCCUAAUAAGCCACCUACAGUAAGAUUUAUCUCCAAAAUGUUUCAUCCCAAUGGUGAGAUUUGUUUUUGUGAAUGCAAUUUCCAUGUUACCAAAGUCAGUUCUUAAAAUACUAUAUACAAGUUACAUUAAUGUUCAUGCUGAUCUUGAAAAGGGAUUAUGAUUUUUGUGUUCAUGAGUUUAUGGUUUAAAAUUAUGUAUUUUCCCACCACUAACUGUGAAUGGAAUCGGCUUCAGGAGUAACCAAUUUAUGAAUUAAAUUCAAAGUUUACUUUAAAAGCUGUUCCUCAUUAAUAUUAACCAUCUACAGCUUUUAGUGCCUCCAUUCGUCUUGCAGAUUGCCACCACACCUCCUGCCUAAUAUUGGAGGAAGUGGCAAGUCAGGCAGAUUGUCACAUACAAUGCUCUUUCUGGUCACCCAGCAAAGAAACUACCAUACAUUCCUCUGCUAAAAUUUACUUGUGCACUCAUGCGAGUAAAGAUCUUUAAAAAAAAAAAAAAUUGUAUGUUUUUACCUUCUUUCAUUAAAAAGUUAUGAGAGGUCAAAGUUCAGCAUGACUUUCCAAGCUCAUUGGUGACAAGUUGUUAAGCUUACCAUGCCAGCAAGUUAAGCUGAUGAAAAAUCAAACGGAUCAAUGUAGAAUUUAAAAUUAAUGUAGAAAGUAAUAGUGAUAAUGUUAGCAGAGUUGAAGAUAUGUCUGAAACAGACUAUAAAAAUCAAUACUGUAACACAUCUGUCGAUAAUAAUACUACGAUAAGGCAAUCCUCCGAAGUCCGGUCCCAAAUUAUUUCGUAUGAAAAAAAAUGCAAUGCACAGUGUCUAUUGUUAGAAAACAGCAGAAAUGUCAGUCAUAACGUUUGCAAAUAACUGUCACUUUACAAACCAGUCAGUAAAUACUAAAUGUUGUCAUUGGCGCAUAGCAUUUGCAAAUAGCAGCCGAAACGUUCUGCUUGUGACUGUUGCGCCACUGAAGGCUCCAAGUAGCUGGCAAACAGACCCUGACUAGUACCACUCUGAUAGCGGAGUUUACGUUUCGCUUGCAUCCAAAGUCCUUCAAUAAUUUAUGUGUGAAUGUCCUGGUCUACUGGAUCAACAAAUUCACGCGCCUGCACAAUGACAGCGUGAGCAUAAAUCCCGUUGUUGAGCUGACCGACAUUUUGAUAUCUUCGCCAAGCGUCCGUGACGAUAGUUGUCCCUGGUAACACAUGAUUAGUGAUAAUGCGCUCGAGUGUUUGUGCAUCUCGACGGCCGACAGCCUCCACCCAACAUCGUCCACUAACGCAAACAUGAAUUUCAAAACAGAAUGAUGCACAAGACUUAUAAGUAAGGAGUAAUCACUGAAAAUAAUUUGGGACCGGACUUCGGAGGAUUGCCCUACGAUAAUAAUACUACAGACCAUGAUGACUGUCUGGUAAUUUUUGAAAAUAUAAGGAUAGUCAACUUCAGAUCUUACAAUUAAACGUUUUUUUAAUCUAAAUGAACAUAUUUUUUAUCUUGAAUAUAGCACUUCAUUUUGAUAUUUAAUAAAAAAAUUAAUUAAAAAUGACAUUGCUUGUUUUAUAUUUUAUUUCUAUAAAAAAAAAUAACAUGUUCAUUUUAAAGUUUUGCUUAGCCAGGAGGGCAAGUUUUCAUUUAAGUAGGUUAGACAGGAGUCGGUUAGUUGGUGAUACUGUUCUGUAUAAAUCUAUGGACGUUUAACGAAAAUUGAAAUAAAUUUGAGUGUUAACAGUUUGUAUCAUUUUUAAAUUCCAAUGCUUUUUACAAAUUUUAAAUAAGCCACUAAAUUUUUUAGUCAUCACCUUGAAAAUGUACAUGCUAUUGCCUACUUAUUUUUUUGUGUGUAUCAAUCCACAGUGUAUGCAGAUGGAAGUAUAUGUUUAGAUAUUUUACAAAACAGAUGGAGUCCCACAUAUGAUGUUUCAGCCAUUUUAACUUCAAUUCAAGUAAGUUAAAGUAAAUGUAGGAUUAAGGUCAACUUGCAUCAUACCCACAUUAUAUAAUAGUAAUUCAUUGUAUACCACAGCAGAAGCUCCACAUAGAUGGGAGCAACAGUAAGUUCCUUUCAAGUUUUAGUGUAGAGGAUCAGAAGCUGCUCAAAGACUUCUUGAUGAAAUUCUUUUGAAAACCAUUUACUCUAUUCAAAUUUACAAUGCAACAAAAAUUGUGUUAUUGUUUAUUAUAUCAUUAAAGAGCUGAAAGAAUACCAUUUAAAUUUUAAUUAGAUUUUAAGUUUAUUAAAUUCAUGAAAGUAAUGUGGAGACUCAUUUUAGUAUUUUAUGACGAUAAAUAUUCAUGUUGUGCCGACCACCAUGUUGGGAACGCUGCACUAGACAUCACUGGCAGCCUCCUAUGCUCUAAAAAAUGUCCACAUAUAUCUCUCUCUAAUGGGUAUCUCAGUCUCAUUACUCUCUGACUGGUUAGUUUGUGCUCUGCUUUACCUUACCUAAUGUGCAUGCAUGGAAUUCUCAUAAUGAAAGCACAUCCAAAUUCCCAAGCUACUUUUCCAUGCUGAGUAGAUGUGCAUAAACAUCUUGUUUGCUCCAGUUGUUGCGUUCCAUGUUCUUAACAAUGCUGCUGUUUCUAAACAAAGAGGUUCACUCUCAUGAGAUUUCCACACAGUUUUCAGGAACUGCAGUUUCUAAAUAUUCUGUAGUCAAUGAGUUUUGUUUUGCUUGAUCUUGGUCAGAAAAUCCAGAAGCCUUACUAAACAUUGUCGCACUUGUGAAAACCUUUUGUAGCUUGUAAAUCUUUAGAAAAAAAUUGAUGCAAGUUUCUCUAUGUUAGUGAAGAAGAGGAAACUUAUGGAACAUUUCAAUUAUAUUGAACUGCUCUACAUCAUCCUGCUCUCAUAACAGCUGAUAUAUACUUGCAUUCUAAAGCUGACUUUUCAGGGGGAAAUAAGUGAAGAGGCAGUCUUUUGAGCCGAUCACUGUAGUUUUUUUUUAGAGUAUAAUCCAGUAAAUUCUUUAAAUAAUAUAUUUUUGAUAAUAGAUCACCAAGAUCAUAGUCUGUGAAAGUAAAAGAUUCUAAUAUGUUACCAUAUGCUUUGAGUAUUAAUAAAUAUAUAUAUCCUUAACUUAAUUAUUUAUUUGAUUAAUUUUCUUAUGGAAAUACAAUUAAGUUUUAAUGCCAUGUUUCAAAAUAUUUUAUUCAAAAGCUUCUGUAAUAGUUUACCACAUAACCUAAAACUAAGAUACUUGAAGACGAUGGCAACACUAUUCCUUUACAAGCAGAAUCAAAUCCUAGAUAUUUUUGGGCCAGUAAUGCUUACAUAGGAAUAUUAUUUUAUGGUUUAUGAGUGGGUUAUACUCUUUUCAGGUUUUUCUCAUCGAAAACAAGUUGGGUCCGCUUAUGAAUAAACAGGUUUUAGAACAAAUAUCUUUAGUACAUCUUUGUGUCUUUUAUAGAAAUAUAAAAAUUUAAAAAAAAUUUCUAAGAAAAUUUCAUUAAUAUGAUCAGAGUAUUCCAGUUUAACUUUUCAAAUGAUAAAUUGUAUAACUCACUUGCGACAAAUUCUAAAAAUACAUGUGAAUCAUUUGAAUGUGCCAGAGAUUUACAAGUUUAAUUUAUUCAAUUGAGUGAUGUGUCUGUGUUUCAAAAGCCCUCAUUUCCUUCAUAAGAGUUUGAUCAAAAUGCCUGAAUCAGUUGAGCGAUGUGUCUGUGUUUCAAAAGCCCUAAUUUCCGUCAUUAGAUUUUGAUCAAAUUGCCUGAUUCAAUCGAGUGAUGUGUUUCUGUUACAAAAGCCCUAAUUUCCUUCAUUAGAGUUUGAUCAAAUUGACUGAUUCAAUUGAGCGAUGUGUCUAUGGUCUAAAGCCCUAAUUUCCUUCAUUAGAUUUUGAUCAAAUUGCCUGAUUCAAUCGAGUGAUGUGUCUCUGUUACAAAAGCCCUAAUUUCCUUCAUUAGGGUUUGAUCAAAUUGACUGAUUCAAUUGAGCGAUGUGUCUAUGUUUCAACAGCCCUAAUUUCCUUCAUUAGAUUUUGAUCAAAUUGCCUGAUUCAAUUGAGUGAUGUGUCUCUGUUACAAAAGCCCUAAUUUCCUUCAUUAGAGUUUGAUCAAAUUGACUGAUUCAAUUGAGCGAUGUGUCUAUGUUUCAAAAGCCAUAAUUUCCUUCAUAAGAGUUUGAUCAAAAUGCCUGAAUCAGUUGAGUGAUGUGUCUAUUAAUUUCCUUCAUUAGAGUUUGAUCAAAUUGCCUGAUUCAAUUGAGCGAUGUGUCUCUGUUUCAAAAGCCUUAAUUCCCUUCAUUAGAGCUUGUACCAUUUGAUACUUUUUUUAGGUUGUCUUUACUUUAAUGCCCAGUUAGAGAUCCCAAUGCUAGCUUUUCAUUAAUCCUAUGUAUUCAUUUGAUGACACAUACCUAAAUAUCAUUAGGUUCUUCAAUUAGAUCCCUGGAUUGUACCUUUUCUUUGCUCGGCCCAAAAAAUUAGUACGCAGAACUUUAUCAUUCCAUAAAUAUUGUUAGCUGCAUUGCAGUUUAAUGUAUAAAGUAUUUUUGAUUUUGUCAGUCACAACUUACAAAUGGAAUAAGUUAAGUGAUGGUAGAGCAGUAAACUUUUCCCUUCCCAUUUGAUGGAUUCUUACUUUUCCCAAAUCAGGGACCCAAGAAAAGUUGCCAUCUCUUUAAAUAUAACUUUGCAUGAAAAAAAAGCCCUCAGCUUAUUUUUAGCUAUGAGAAAUGUACAUAUGGAAAUAUUUCUUAAUGCUAAAAGAAUUUUAACUAUAAUUUUUGGGAAAAAAUUGCUUCAACUGUUUAUUUUAUGUAUGUUUACAUAUAAAUAUAUAUAUAAAAGUAUAUAAAAAAAGUUUACUUCAUUAAAAUUUAACUGAAAAACAUGUAAAACAUCUCAGUGGAAGGACAUCUCAUUAAUGGUAAAUUUAAAUUGUUGAAAACUUUGGGGAGAGCAAGGUAUCUGCAGCAGCUUCAUUUUACUCCAUCUCUCCCUGUGCGUUAUGUUGUUUAGAACCCUUUCUUACUAAACUAUCUUUUACUAUUCUGUUUUGUCAUCCUUAGUCUCUGCUCCACGACCCAAACCCUAAUAGCCCUGCCAACAAUGAGGCUGCACAGCUGUACAGAGAAAACCGGAGGGAAUAUGAGAAAAAAGUGGCUGCCAUUGUUCAGGAAAGCUGGAACGAUGACGAGGAUGAGGGAGAAGAUGAAGAAGAUGGGGAAGAGAGUAAAGCUGGGUCUUAGCAUUAUGAUGAAGUAGAAGGGGCUGCCGCCUGAAUUCUUUAGCAUCAAGCUGUUUACACCUUUCCCCCCUAUGGUUGUUGAAACAUAACACAGUUGUCCUAACGUAGAAGUAAUAGGAUAUUGUCUUGGAAAAUCUCAUUUUCAUCCAAUAGCAAUGGAGAUAGCUCUAUCACAUUCAAAUCCAUAUCUUCAUUGUUGUAGCAGUCGAUGUGUUUAUUUUUCAAAAUUUGAAAUUAAAUUAUAACACAAUCUUCUGCCACUUUUUGCCUGUUGAAUUGAUAUUCUUUGGUCUAAAAAAAAAAAAAGCAGUGUUUUCAUAAUCAUUAUGUUGCAUUCAGUUAAUUAGUCUCACUACUAUUUUUUAUUUUCAUUCCUUGUGAUUGUUAUGUAAUAUAGUUGGUUUGUAUUCUAUAUUUCUUACUGAAAAAAAGAGUAUGAUGUGAAAUCCAGACUGCUCCGUAUGAUAUUAUGUGUUAGCUGUGAAAACGGUCAAGUAAAAUUUCAAUAGUCGACUUUAAAAUUUCCUCUUGACUAUAUUUAAAAUGUCUCUAGCUGGGGCAUUUUAAUUAAUAUUAAAGCUUUUUUUUUUUUGUUUGUGGGUGCCCGAUGAUAGCAUUUAGGCAUUUAUAUAGUGACCAUUUGAUUACUCAAAUACUUGUUUGUUACUAUUUUCAAAAUUAAAAUUACUUAGCUUUAGAAGUCAAAAUAAGUGGUGACUGGCAUAGAGCAUAAGGGGGUGGGGGUUAUUUAUUAAGUUUCUAUGCUCUGAUAAUGAAUUAGUGAGUGUAAAGCCUAACGAUGGUUGGUGAUGCUAAGUUGACCUUUUCCUUAAAUUCCUAAUUAUUUUUCUGAAUUAGUAUUUCACUCGCUAUGAAGCCAUUAUUUAAUUACUGGUUCCUAAUCAAAGAUUCGCAUUAGAAUGAACUGAAACAUUUAUUUUAAAAAAAAUGUAAACACUCCUUAUUUUUGUCCUGUAAAUCUGUGCCAAUACAGGUUUUAUUGUAAUAAUCCCAAUGCCGAAUUCACUUGCAUAUUUCAGUCUCUACUGGACGAACCCAACCCAAACAGUCCUGCCAAUAAUCUAGCAGCUAAGCUUUACCAGGAGAAUCGUAGGGAGUAUGAGAAAAAGGUCAAGGUUGUGGUGGAAGAAAGUUGGAUAUUUAUUGGAGAUGUUCUCUAAUCUAUUUUAUUUCCAGAAACUUUUAUCUUAAAUUACGGUACAUAAGAAAUGAGUGUGGGAAUAUCAAGUUAGAGAGCUGUGUGGGUGAGGUUUCAUAAUGUUUUCAUGAUGCAUGCUACAUAUGUGAUAACUACGUUUUGGGGUCUUUUGUCAUGAAACUUUGUCAUAAAAGAAUUAGUUGUGUUUUCCUAUGCUAAAAUCAUACACUGAUAGUAUAUAUACAUACUUUCUGUGCCAAGAGAAAAGAGAUCCCCAAUAGUAAUUAGCUUUGUAAUUUUUUUAGUGUUUUAUAAGUCUAACAUUAAAAAUCUACUAAAACUUGAAAAAUAUUUUUGAAUAAAUGAACAGACUUGUAAAAUCUGUUAUUUAUGGAAUAAAUACCGGUAGGUAUAUGAAACAACCACAUGUACCAAAAAUUGAAUUAGAUUUUGCUUACAAUUCUAAAUUUAAACUUAUUAUAUUAAAAUUAUAAUAUAUGCUAAAUCACUAAGUAAUUUAAUAAGAUAUGUUAUUAAAUAAUGAAAUCUUAAGGUUACCCAUUAGUAUCUUGAAAAUCAGCAAAUGAACAAAGAAAUUUUGGCAUGGAGUAAGAAUACAAGCAACUUGAAAAUGGCUGAGAAUUACAUUUUGAAAGCACUGGAUGAAACACAUAACUUUUAGAUGUAGCCUUCACCAUCUUGCUAUUUUGUUUUUAGUUGUGAAUUUAAGGGCUAACAAGUAGAAAACCUAGCUCAGAUCUUUAUGACUGGUAAUUCAACAGCUUGCUUAAAUUGUAUGUAUUAUGAGACACCUACCUAUUAGCCUGAAAGAAGAUUUUUGAAAAGUUAAUCCUAAGAUCACAAUGACCCAACAUCUGAGUUGUCUGUUCAAAAUGUUACUUUGCCAUUUAACGUAAACAAAAUCAGAGUUGUCUGUCGAAAAUAAGUUUAUUUGUCAAUUUACCUAAUAAAAAAGUGAAAUAGCCUUCUCAUUUUUCCAGUGUAAACUGAAGUUUUUUGGUUGAACCUCUAAACUAAAGUUUACUUUUAAAUAACAUAUUUGCUUAGUAAAAGCAAUCUUUUUUUUCUCAAUAAAGCAAUGACUCGAGUAAUCUUUUGGUGUGUCUUGAAUAGUUAUUUCUCCAUACCUUAUUAUUUAAGAAAAAGCUGUAACCUCUUGCUGACAUUUUCAGAACAUUAUUUUCUAAGCCUGAUGUUUGCAAAUGACAUCACUUUAUCUUUUAAUUUCUUUGAGUUUUGUGACUUGUAAUUUUUGUGUCUACAUGUGCAGGUUUUUUACCAGUAGGACUUAAAGUUGAACUAACUAGCAAUAUUGUUUUCUAUUUAUGCACAUUUCACAACUGCCAAUGCCACUGCUCACAUCCAUAUUUCUAAAUAUUAGUUCUUGUUAUAAAAAAAAAAUUAACAAAAUUUGAAAUUGAAACAUUCAGUGAACAUUAUUGCAGUAUUAAGUUCCUUAAUGAAAGAAUACAAAAGCUUCUGUUCAUAUGUUUGUUAUUCACUGUUAAUAAUUACACAAAAUAAAUAUCAAUGCUGAUGGCUUGUUUUUUUUCCCGUGUUAAGCAUAAUUGUACAAAUUGUAAUAAAGACUACUGUAAGAUUGAUUUGCACUUGACUUUAUGUGUCAGCUUUCAUUUUUUUAUCCCCAUAGUUAUAAUUAUUGAUUAGAACGAUUGAGCAACACUUAUUCCGAAUUGUUUAUUGAAAU